UAUGACAGCUAAACAACAACAUGGAGGAGGGAGCGAACUUCUAGACAGCCGUCAUAUUUUGGAGGAAACGUUACAAUAAUUCAUUUUUCCUGUGUGCAGUUUCGAACCAAUCGAAAGUGGACUGGUGUCCUGGCAUUUCGGUAGAUGUCCACGCCUUCAGACACGUCAGGUGGCAUGUCCCAUCCUGGCCCAUCACCAGGGGCAGGCCUGUCCCCAGGGCCCAUCUUGGGCCCCAGCCCUGGACCGGAUCCCUCCCCUGGUUCAGUUCACAGCAUGAUGGGGCCCAGUCCUGGACCAGGAACACCCAACGCACCCCAUGGCAUGCAGAGCCAGGGACAAGGCGAUUACUCUCAGGACAACAUGUAUCCUAUGCAUAAGCCCAUGGAGGCAGCAAUGAAUGACAAAACUAUGUCUGAGGCGAUGCAUUUCAGCCACAUGAAAGGUGUGGGCAUGAGGUCCCUCCACAGCGGCAUGGGACCUCCACAGAGCCCUAUGGACCAGCAUAGCCAAGGUUACAUGUCUCCACAUCCGUCCCCGAUGGGAAUCCAUGAGCAUGCUUCCAGUCCCAUGUCAGGAGGUGGAGGUGGUCCUACACCGCCCCACAUUCCUCCAUCUCAGUCAGGCCCCAUGAUGCCCAUGGAUCCUCAAGGAGGGAUGCCCAACAUGUCUGCAAUGGGCCCACAAGGACGUGGCCCCUCUGCUUUCAGCCCAGUGCAGCUGCAGCAGCUCAGAGCCCAGAUUCUGGCCUAUAAGAUUCUGGCCCGAGGGCAGCCGCUGCCAGACAACCUCCAGCUGGCCGUUCAGGGCAAAAGGAGUCUCCCCACAAUGCAGCAGCAACAGCCGGUGCCACAGCAGCAGCAACAACAACAGCAGCAGCAGCAACCACCGCAGCAGCAGCAGGCAUCUGGUGCCAGCCCAUACAGGCCUUCAGGUAUGGCGCCUAUGAGCGGCCCCCAAUCAAGCCCCUGCCCAACACCAGCCAUGCAAGGACACAAUCAAAGCACAGCAGCCAAGCCUUGGACUGAUGGUCAAGGUGGUGACAAUCAAGCAAACGCACAGAAGCACCUCACUCCGGUACCCAGUGGCCGCCCAUCUCCUGCACCCCCGCCGAUCCCUGCAGGACCCUCUGGACCGUUGCCAGGGAGUUCAGCAGCUGCUCACCCUCCGGGUCAGCAGGUGUCCCCCAUGCUCCAAAUGCAGCAGAAGCAGAACCGAAUUACUCCGGUCCAGAAGCCUCAGGGUUUGGACCCAGUGGGAAUCCUGCAGGAGAGAGAGUACAGACUGCAGGCCCGGAUUGCUCAUCGCAUCCAGGAACUGGAGAGUCUACCUGGUUCCUUGCCUCCGGACCUUAGAACUAAAGCUACAGUGGAGCUCAAGGCGCUACGUCUGCUCAACUUCCAGCGCCAGCUCAGGCAGGAUGUGGUGGCGUGUAUGAGGCGAGACACGACCCUGGAGACGGCCCUCAACUCGAAGGCUUACAGGCGCAGCAAGCGGCAGACGCUGAGGGAGGCGCGCAUGACAGAGAAGCUGGAGAAGCAACAGAAACUGGAGCAGGAGAAGAAGCGCCGACAAAAACAUCAGGAAUACCUCAACAGUAUUCUUCAGCAUGCCAAGGACUUUAAGGAAUACCACCGCUCAGUGUCCGGGAAAACCCAGAAACUCACCAGAGCUGUCGCAAACUGGCACACAAACACCGAACGGGAGCAGAAGAAGGAAACUGAGAGAAUUGAGAAGGAGAGAAUGAGAAGACUGAUGGCAGAGGAUGAGGAAGGCUACCGGAAACUCAUUGACCAGAAGAAGGACAAACGUCUGGCCUAUUUGCUGCAACAGACGGAUGAAUAUGUGGCCAACCUCACAUCUCUGGUGUAUGAGCACAAAGCUGCUCAGGCUGCCAAGGAGAAGAAGAGGAGGAAGAAGAAAAAGAAGAAGGUGGAAGGAGACGGCGAAGGCACCAGCGCCAUUGGACCCGAUGGAGAGCCCAUGGAUGAGAGCAGCCAAAUGAGCGAGCUGCCAGUUAAAGUGAUUCAGACGUCGACUGGGAAGGUUCUGCAGGGGACAGAUGCCCCGACGUCUGGCCAGCUGGAGGCUUGGCUGGAGAUGAACCCUGGGUAUGAAGUCGCCCCACGUUCAGACAGUGAGGAAAGUGGCUCCGAAUUCGAGGAGGAGGAUGAAGAGGAAAUGGGCAAGGCGGAAACGGAGGAGAAGAAGAAAACCGAUCCCAGUGGAGACGAAGGGGAUAAGCACGAUGCCAAGAACAUCAUCGAGUCAGCCAAACAAGAUGUGGAUGAUGAGUACAGCGUUCCCACUGGGCAAACCAGCUCCCAGUCUUAUUAUGGGGUGGCCCACGCCGUCAUUGAGAAGGUGGAGAAGCAGUCGUCUCUGCUGAUAAACGGCACGCUCAAACAUUAUCAGAUCCAGGGGCUCGAGUGGAUGGUGUCCCUCUACAACAACAACCUCAACGGCAUCCUGGCUGAUGAAAUGGGCCUCGGUAAAACCAUCCAGACCAUCGCCCUCAUCACCUACCUGAUGGAGUACAAGAGGCUCAACGGGCCCUAUCUCAUCAUAGUCCCCCUAUCGACUUUGUCCAAUUGGGUUUAUGAACUUGACAAAUGGGCUCCUUCUGUGGUCAAAAUUGCGUACAAGGGCACUCCUGCUCUGCGUCGCGGUCUUGUACCUCAGCUUCGCAGCGGCAAAUUUAAUGUUCUUCUGACUACCUAUGAGUACAUCAUCAAGGACAAGCACAUACUGGCCAAGAUCCGCUGGAAGUACAUGAUUGUGGACGAGGGCCAUCGUAUGAAGAACCACCACUGUAAACUGACACAGGUGUUGAACACCCACUAUGUGGCCCCCCGCCGGCUCCUCCUUACCGGGACCCCGCUGCAGAACAAGCUGCCUGAGCUGUGGGCUCUGCUCAACUUCCUGCUGCCCACCAUCUUCAAGAGCUGCAGCACCUUUGAGCAGUGGUUCAAUGCACCUUUCGCCAUGACUGGAGAGAGGGUUGACCUUAAUGAGGAGGAGACCAUUCUAAUCAUUCGGCGUCUGCAUAAGGUGCUCCGCCCAUUUUUGCUUCGAAGACUGAAGAAGGAGGUGGAAUCUCAACUGCCAGAGAAAGUGGAAUACGUCAUUAAGUGUGACAUGUCAGCGAUCCAGAAGGUUCUCUACCGCCACAUGCAGAAAGGCAUACUGCUAACCGACGGCUCAGAGAAAGACAAGAAGGGCAAAGGAGGUGCUAAGACCCUGAUGAACACCAUCAUGCAGCUGAAGAAGAUCUGUAACCAUCCGUACAUGUUCCAACACAUAGAGGAAUCUUUUGCUGAGCACCUGGGCUACCCGAAUGGCAUCAUCAGUGGACAUGAUCUAUACAGAGCUUCUGGAAAGUUUGAGCUUCUCGAUCGAAUCCUACCCAAGCUCCAGGCCACUGGCCACAGGGUGCUGCUCUUCUGCCAGAUGACCUCUUUGAUGACCAUCAUGGAGGAUUACUUCGGUUAUCGUAACUUCCAGUAUUUACGGCUUGAUGGAACCACCAAAUCUGAGGACCGUGCUGCUCUCCUGAAGAAAUUUAACGAGGAAGGAUCUCAGUACUUCAUUUUUCUCCUCAGUACCAGAGCAGGUGGCCUUGGGCUCAACCUGCAGGCUGCAGAUACAGUCGUCAUCUUUGACAGUGACUGGAACCCACACCAGGAUCUUCAGGCCCAGGAUCGGGCUCACCGCAUCGGACAGCAAAAUGAGGUCCGUGUGCUUCGUCUCUGCACGGUCAACAGCGUGGAGGAAAAAAUCCUGGCUGCUGCCAAAUACAAACUAAACGUGGAUCAGAAGGUUAUCCAAGCAGGCAUGUUUGACCAGAAAUCCUCCAGCCACGAGCGGCGGGCCUUCCUCCAAGCCAUUUUAGAACACGAGGAACAGAACGAGGAGGAAGACGAGGUCCCUGAUGAUGAAACCCUUAACCAGAUGAUCGCCCGCAAUGAAGAUGAAUUUGAGCUGUUUAUGCGCAUGGACAUGGACCGUCGUCGAGAAGACGCCAGGAACCCAAAACGUAAGCCUCGCUUAAUGGAAGAAGAUGAGCUGCCUUCCUGGAUCAUCAAGGACGAUGCUGAGGUGGAGAGGCUUACCUAUGAGGAAGAAGAAGAGAAGAUGUUCGGCCGCGGAUCACGCUGCCGUCGGGACGUCGAUUACAGCGACGCCCUGACCGAAAAGCAAUGGCUGCGAAUGCCUUUGGACCACUUUGUAACGUUGAUUUUCUCUAUUAGCAGGUCAGGAAGGCAACUGAGUGAGGUGUUUGUGCAGCUUCCAUCCAGGAAGGAGCUCCCUGAGUACUAUGAGCUAAUCAGAAAACCUGUGGACUUCAAAAAGAUCAAGGAGCGAGUGAGAAACCACAAAUACCGAAGUUUGGGAGACCUGGAGAAGGACGUGAUGCUUCUCUGUCAGAAUGCACAAACGUUUAACCUGGAGGGAUCCCAGAUAUACCAGGACUCCAUUGUUCUUCAGUCAGUUUUCAAGAGUGCCAGACAGAAGAUUGCCAAGGACGAAGACAGUGAGGAUGACAGCGAUGAGGAAGAUGAUGACGACUAUGACUCAGAGGCUGAGGCUAAGUCUGUGCGGGUGAGGAUCAAGCUGGGCAGGGAGGGACGCAGCCACGACAAAGGCAAGAAGAGGCAAAGCCGCGGAAAGGCCAAGCCGGUGGUCAGCGACGACGACAGUGACGACGACCAGGAUGAUAACGAUCAGUCGGACAAGAGCAAAAGUGACGAGGACUGAGGAAGACCAGCAGCAGCAGUGUGAAGAUGAUGUUCGUACAAAAAGGACAAUAUCUUCAUUUUCUAUCAUUAAGCUUCUUUCUGUUUUCUUUGUAUUUGUCCUCUCUGUCUGACUGUAGUGUGUCUUUUCUUUUCCAUCAACUUUAAAAUAUAUUACUAAUCAAUCAGUAACCACAGCAGAACCAAUCAGCUUAUUAUGUUUUUAAGAGUUUUCUAGUAUAUUUUUUAAGUCUGUGCUGAUAUAAGGCACAAUAGAAGUUCUAUAUAGAAAAAAUGCAUUUGGUCAAACUAUGAAUUCUUCAUUAUAAUAUUAAUAUCCCCAUUAUUACAAGGCAACUGAAUACAAGUUGAUGUAUUAGCAACAUAUAUAUACAGAUUUGUUUUUUUGUUGAUAGGGAAUAAUACAGUUAUACCUUUUUUUUUAUUCUUUUUGCAUUAUGAUGCACAAAGUGGUAAAAAUGAAAAAUUAGAGAUAAAGGUCCUGUAUAUCCUAUCCGCAGCAACUUCAAUGAGGCAUUUGUAAAAGAAAUUGGGGAAGAUAAAACUGUUCUCCCAGUUUUAUGGGUUGGUGGCUUUGGAGGAAAACAACAAUAUUAACAAUGGCAGUUUGAUUGGCCCUGCUAGGAACACAUUGCAGCUCCCACUGUGUGUUAAAAAUGAUCUAAUUUGCUAACAAAGUGCAUUAAUUGGUGAUUAUUAAUUUUGCUCAGUAGUCAAACCUUCAAUUAUUGUUGAAGUCAAUAUUAUAAAUACAUUCUCAAACAAAUUAUGCAGUGAAAAAAGCAGGUUUUAGUUAGUUUUAUUGUUCCAUAUUACUAAAUUAAAAACUCUUUUGUUACUGCUCAUUGAGGGCCUGCAGAUUUUUUUUUUUCACAUCAUCACAUUGAAACUAUUUAAAUAUCAGAAAAGGAACACCUGAGUGAAUAGAGCGUUAUUCCAUUACGGAUGGUUUUCUUUUAUUAAAGGUGAAUAGUUCCAAUAGUCUCCCACUGCUCCUGUACAGAUCUUUUUUUUUUUUUUUUUUGCAGGCGUAAUGUAAUGAGGUGUAGGAAUGUUUUAACGCUGAUAGAGCCAGGUGGACGACAGCAUGUAAUGCGUCACACACACACGAACACACACGCAGAGAAUCCAUCUCUCAUGAGCUGAGUAUUGGAGCCUAGAAAUGCAGCUGCAGUAAAUAGAGUAAACCUUAUUUUAAAAGUCGCAUGCUUGUAAAGGCAUGUAUGGAAUAGAAGAAAUAUUAUUUAACUUUUUAACCUGAGCAGUGCAUCUUUAAGUGAUGGUUAUCCAAAACACCUGCAUAUAGAGGCAGAAACAAAUCCCCCGAAAGACCUCAGGAGAAGUGGGGUGGUGUCUAAAAAAAAUUUUCUUAUUCCUCUGAAGGAUUUAUGCCUUCUCUUUUUUUGCAGAAUUGUUUAAUAACAUCCCAGUUCCAUUCAGGCUUUGACUAGCCUUCUUUAAUAAUUGAUUUUUGCGUCUGUGCUGUGGAUGCUUGCAGGUAGAGGUGCGCUGAUCCAAUGCUUGGAUCGGAUAUCGGCUCUGAUAUUAAUUAGCUGGAUCGGAUAUCAGAUGAACAAUGCAGCCAUUUCUAUUUUUAUUGAUAUCACACACAGCAAGACAGUCACAACAAAUGGUCACUUAUAUUUAAUGAUUAGAACAUUUAUACUUUUUGAGCUAUUUCGAAUGCCCCAUCUGGUUUUCAUCCCUAUACCCUAAGGGUUAUUGAUAUCACACAUUAAUACAGUCACAGUGAUUUAGUGACUUACAUUUAAUGAUUGCAACUCUGAUUAUGUCAUUGCAUGGAGCACACACAUAGCAAGCAUGAUGCCUUUACACACAUUGCUAAGAAUACUGUACGGAUAAUUUGCUCAGCCUGUGUAUCAGUAUCGGAUUGGAUCAGAAAAAUGUAUUGGUGCAUCUCUACUUGCAGUAAUACGACAAUGAGGCAUGUUAUAUUUCACAUAGUGCCAGGUUGAUCUGGAUAGAUUUUAAUAGAUCAAAUCAUUUCAAAGCUUUUUCGUUUUCUCUCUGGCUGUUGUUUUCAGACCCAGUGUACCAUUCCAAGUGCUUCAAGUGCAUUUGUUUUACAGUAAUUGAAAGCAGUGAUGUUAUUUUGAAGUUAUAAUUUAGUUUCAUUUGUUCCAUUUUUUUUGUUUAUUAUCGAAAGAAAGGUUUUCCUGAAAAAUUAUUAGAGUGCAAUCCUUAAAAUUCAACCAUUUCCACACUUAAACACUGUAAGAGAUUUAAAUCUCCAGUUACAAACACAUUUCAGCUUCUUAUUCAGAUACUAAUAUAGAAUUAGCCUUAAAUGCUGGUAUUAGCUUCUGUUUAAAUUAAUGUGGAUUAAACAAAAGAAAGUUAUUAAAGGCUAGAUGGCGGCGACAAAUGCAGACCAAUGUUUUGUUUUCCUGAGGAGCGACAUAGACCGAUGGUAAAGACCACUAAACGUUCAGUCUGAUGGAAUAUCUGAACUAGCUUAAACAUAAAAAGUCAUGGAAAUUCUUAGUUUUUACUUCAUGAUCAAAUAUAUAUAUGUAUAAUUGCACGCCAUUUUCCAAAUGAUUAAGAUCUUUUGUUUUUUUCUAAUGAGGAGUUUUUAGAUCACUGUAAUGUGAUUUACAGGAAGUAGCUCAUUUAAAUUGGUUAAAGUAGCAUCUUUAAGGAAACAGGCGCUGCAUAAAACAACAGAUAAACAACUUCUUGCUGUUUUCUGAUUAUUUUUAAAGACGAUGGAAAUUAGAAAUUUUACAAAAGACGAAAAAAAAAGCAAACUUUCAAUACAUUCUAAACAGAUUUUAAUGAACAAUAUAUUUUUAAGUGUACUGAUGUAUUCAUCUAGUUUCAUAUGUGUGUGAGUUAGUUUUACUGUCUCCCUCCAGCGUUUUGUGUGUUUGUAGCAUGAACUCCUGAAGAAUAUACCGUGCACAUGCAGAGUCAUCCUUACUGCGUGUGUAACGUCCCCACCAGCUCUCCGAAUAAGCCGGAUUUCAUUUUUGCUUUCUUUGCACAGUGUCCUUGUGGUUGUAAUCUCAUAGCCCCGAGCAAAUAAAUAUCAAAUGAUUUUCUGCGUAAAGAUGUCCUCUUGU